AUGGACACUGAUAUGGACUACGAACGGCCCAACGUUGAAACCAUCAAGUGUGUCGUGGUCGGAGACAAUGCUGUGGGGAAGACCCGGUUGAUCUGUGCUAGGGCGUGUAAUACCACCCUGACCCAGUACCAGCUGCUGGCCACUCAUGUGCCCACGGUAUGGGCCAUUGACCAGUACCGAGUUUGCCAGGAGGUCCUGGAACGCUCCCGAGAUGUUGUCGACGAAGUGAGUGUUUCUCUCAGGCUCUGGGAUACCUUUGGUGACCACCACAAAGACAGGCGGUUUGCUUAUGGCAGGUCUGAUGUCGUGGUUCUCUGCUUUUCGAUUGCUAAUCCCAACUCCCUAAAUCAUGUGAAAACCAUGUGGUAUCAAGAGAUCAAGCACUUCUGUCCUCGCACCCCCGUAAUCCUCGUCGGCUGCCAGCUAGACCUCCGCUACGCUGAUCUCGAAGCCGUCAAUCGAGCCCGACGCCCAUUGGCCAGACCUAUAAAGCGUGGAGACAUUUUGCCACCAGAAAGAGGCCGAGAAGUUGCUAAGGAGCUUGGGAUCCCGUAUUAUGAAACAAGUGUGUUUGACCAGUUUGGAAUCAAGGACGUGUUUGACAACGCAAUCCGAGCUGCACUGAUUUCCCGAAGACACCUGCAGUUCUGGAAAUCCCACUUGAAGAAGGUCCAGAAACCUUUACUUCAGGCACCAUUCCUACCUCCGAAAGCACCUCCACCAGUUAUCAAAAUCCCAGAGUGUCCCACCACGGGUAUGAACGAAGCUGCCUAUUUAUUGGACAAUCCAUUGUGUGCUGAUGUCAUGUUUGUCCUCCAGGAUGAGAAGCAUAUUUUUGCGCACAAGAUUUACCUAGCUACCUCCUCUUCCAAAUUUUAUGAUCUUUUUUUAAUGGAAUGUGAAGAGUCUCCCAGUUUCGUCGAAGGCGCUUGUCAAAAAGAAAAGCCCAGUCUGGACUUUCCAGCAAGGACUUUGAAUCUGGAUUCUGAGGAAGAAAAAGUGGAGGCCGCCUCAAUCCCGUUAGCUUCUGAGGGCCAGACAUGCCAAAGUGAGGGUGUGUUGAAAGAGCCAGAUUUGGGAGCUGGGGACCUCCCUCCAAAUACCAGAGACUUGUCCACAUGGAGCAAAGGGUUCAUUGACAUGCACAAAGAAAUGUUAGUCAAUCCUAUUUCAAACAGAGUAGGUUGUGUGACUGUGGUCAGAAUGGACUCUUCCCUUCAGUUGGGUCCUUUUAGAACCCUGCUUCAGUUCCUAUACACGGGGCAACUAGACGAAAAGGAAAAAGAUCUGAUGAGACUGGCUCAGAUCGCAGAGAUCCUGGAAGUAUUUGAUUUGCGAAUGAUGGUGGAAAAUAUAAUGAACAAAGAGGCCUUCAUGAAUCAGGAAAUCACUAAGGCGUUCCACGUCAGGAAAGCCAACCGGAUAAAGGAAUGCCUUAGCAAGGGGACGUUUUCAGAUGUGACAUUUAAGUUGGAUGAUGGGGUCAUCAAUGCCCACAAACCACUGCUUAUCUGCAGCUGUGAUUGGAUGGCCGCCAUGUUUGGAGGAUCAUUUGUGGAAAGCGCCAAGAGUGAGGUAGCCCUGCCCAGUAUCAACAAGCUGUCGAUGCAGGCCGUGCUGGAUUAUCUGUACACCAAGCAGUUGUCGUCCUGCUUGGACCUGGACACGCUUGAAUUAAUUGCCUUGGCCAACAGAUUCUGCCUGCCGCACUUGGUUGCUCUUGCAGAGCAGCACGCGGUGCAGGAGCUGACCAAAGCCGCCGUGAGUGGGAUCGCCAUCGAUGGGGAAGUGCUGUCCUACUUGGAGCUGGCCCAGUUUCACAAUGCCCAUCAGCUGGCAGCGUGGUGCCUUCAUUACAUCUGCACCAACUACAACAGUGUUUGCGCCAAGUUUCGCAAGGAAAUCAAAGCAAAAUCCCCAGACAAUCAGGAAUAUUUCGAGAGGCAUCGCUGGCCCCCCGUUUGGUACUUGAAGGAAGAAGAUCAUUACCAGCGUGUGAAGAAAGAGAGAGAGAAGGAAGAUAUGGCACUGAACAAGCAUCACUCGAGACGGAAAUGGUGCUUCUGGCACACGUCCCCCACGGUCGCUUGAGCGAGCAAGGAGAGAAUCCCAGGACGGACCCGCCCAGACCCCCAGACAACACCAACAACCACAACGAUACUGUAAAAUUAGUCGUCGUCUUAGAGAUGAGAUCAAGGUCAGGUUUCAGGCAUCUGACUCUCCAUCCGUGCGUUUACUUUCCAGAAAUAUCAAAGCACAAUCUCCCCAGAAAUGAGCCUGGACAACCGACACUGAUGCGUAAACUGCAUUCCGUCGACUAAUAUGUAUAUUUUUGGUUAGGGAACGUGAUAAACUUAGUCCAUUAUGACAAUUUCUUUUUAUACGGAAAAUCCAGCAUUCACAUUUCAAAUUCCAAAUUGGAAAAAAAUAUUUUUAUAUGGUCUUGUGUAUUUUGUCGAGACAAAAAUACUAUGUAUUGCUUAAUUUUACAGGCCGCAAAUUAACCACGAGGAGCCAGCCCCAUAAUUAAGUUGUAACUAUUGGCCCACAGAUGGACACGAGCACCGAGGCGUCCUUACAUAAUGAGACGGUUAUUCCCACAGUUGGAAGGAAAGAGUCAGAAUGAAAUUCCCCAAACUGUGAGUUAGGGAGUAUUUAAUCUUUGUCCUUCUGAACAACAUUGGUAUAAUUAACAAGUCAACUCCAGGAGCGGGUAUUUACAGUAUUUGCUGUGUAAGUGGUAGUAAUUAUAUGAUUAUGUGUGCCAUGUAAAAUAUAGUGAUAUCAAAUAUUCUGUUGUGGAAAGUGUCUAGAUUCAAGAGGAUAAUCUUCAUAAUCAUUGGAAGGGCUUAUUAAAUCCCAGCAUUAUCCAGGGCCAACUCACUGAUGGACUUGAAUUCAGAGAAAGAGACUUCUGCUGUAGUUAUUUGGGUGGGGUACUCCUUGAUCUUUGCAGGGUCUUUGCAUGUGGACUUUCUCUGUUGACUGGAAUCAGAGGUAGGAAGCGGGGGGCGUUCCUGGCCGUUGGCCCAUUUGUGCACAUGGCUUGCUCACAUCUCACCCCCCCCCCAAGCCGGCUUGCUCUGCAUUGCCCUUCCCCAGGGAUUCCUUUAUGGAACUUAGUUCCCUUUUUUUUCAUUCUUCCCAAGGAAAAUUCAUUCAACUGUAUCUUAAGGUCAUCUUAGCUGCAUCUUUUGUAAAGACCGAAGGCACCUGGGAAAGGAGGUAUCUUAUUGGAGAGGCCCCAAGAACUCUAUGGGUUUGGAAUAAAGUCCUUUGUGAGUUGGAUCUGACUGCUUUGCCAGAGGUUUUCCAGCUGAGCAGCCUCCCAUUGACAUCUCCAUAACUGAGAUGACCAGCCCAUAUGAAACAGCUUUCCAGGGUCUCAGUCUGGGUAUGGCAAGGGCAGGGCUGGUUCCCACAAGUCACUUGGUAUUAUAACAUAGAAGAACUUUUUUUUUCAUCCUCGGGUUAGAAGAAGAGGCAGUUGGACACAAAACCCAGUGCUGCAGAUCAGGAAAGAAUUUCCAGAUGACAGCCAUAUGCAUUUUUAAAAUAUAUAUAUAUAUAUUCAGGUUAGAGAUGGAGAUUUAUUCCUGGCUGGAGUAGCACCACGGGCAAUGGAAACUUUAGCAUUGGAUGGGCCCAAGUUUAUAGGAGAGACUCCCUAAAAGAAAAGCAGAGGAGAAUUUAGUACUCCCCACCCUGGCAUUUUGCAUCAUGCCUCGAUGAUGACGGUGUAUAGAGAAAGGAUACCUACCUGCAGAGUGGCAAUGGAUCAUUGCUUGGUAGGUGGAAUGGGCAGGGUGAAGGGAGUAAGAAUGGGGGGAGAAAUGUCAAGAUGAGUCAAAAAUUAACAUCUCUUCUAUCUCGAAGGGGACCCGGGUGGGUUUUUCACAUAAAUUACUAGUCGGUUUUGUACAAUCAAAACUCUCAUUUGAAUGUAAUCUUGCCAAAAAAAACACCAUCAUCGCAAUGGAUGGAUCCCGGUGACCCUGGGGUAUAUGCAAUAACCUCCACUCGACUUUGUCUCAGCUGCUGAAACCAAGUGGCUGGUUCAUUUGGUUAAUGCUGGCUAUGGCCUUUACCCUUGGUGGUUUUAUUUUAUGUUUUUUAUUUCACAAAAAGCCAAUAAAAUUGUUU